UUUGACGUUACUUUUGAAUCAUUGAUUGCAUUUGAUUUCAUUGUCAAUGCAUUCAAUCAAUACCAUUGACUAUCAACACAAUCAUCACAACAUCACUUCAUUUGAUCCACAACUGCAUCAUUUCUUACACCAAAAGCGAUGGACAAAGGAAGUAGUAAUACUACGAAAAAGAUGACGAAAAGUGAGGCCAAAGCAAAUGCAACGACAGCCACAACGGCUACAACACCGACGGCAACAACUUUGACCACAUCUUUGAGUAAUAAGUCGACUCCAAAGGAUGCUAUGAUUGUCACACAAAUACUUAAAGAUAUGGCGAUCACUGAUUAUGAACCGCGAGUUAUCCACCAAAUGGUUGAGUUUACAUACCGUUAUGUGUCGAAUGUAUUAGAAGACGCCCAUCUGUUCUCCUCUUAUGCUAAGAAGAAAGCCAUCGAUGCGGAUGACAUUACUCUCGCUGUUCAGCUUCAAGUGGACAAAGGCUUUACAGGUCCGCCACCAAGAGAUCUGUUACUGGAAAUCGCUCGCACAAAGAAUAACCAGCCGUUGCCUACCAUUAAGUCGCAUAACGGACCCCGACUUCCGGCCGAUCGAUACAGUCUUAUUGCAUGCAAUUAUAAACAAAAAUCUAGUAAAUCAAAGACUCAAUCGCGACCAUCCAUUACCGGUACAUCACUUCUUAACUCUAACAAUAACGGCUCUGCUAUCAAAUCCAUGUCUUUAACACAAAGAAUUACUGGUAAUUCAUCCGGUCUUACAAUUAAAACAUCAGAUCCUCAAAGUUUGAAGAGAAAGUUAGACGACUCGUGAUUGUUGUUGUAUUCCUGUAAUUGAAUUUUCGUUUAUUUUAAUUAAUUGUCUAAUGGUUUUUGCCAUAAUUUCUAAGUGUAUAU